AUGCCAUCCCUGGAAAGCACAUUGAAGCCCGACGAGGUUACCCUUGUGUUAGUUCAACAAGCGGUGACAAAACAUCGGAUGAGGUAUGACAUGGUGUUCUUCAAGGCCGUUCUAGCUGGUCUUAUGCUCUCUUUUGGAGCACUUAUGAACGAGAUUGUGUCCGGCGGUACCCCAGCGCUGUCAGAAGCCUCUGCUAAUCCUGCGAUACCGAAGAUCUUGGGCGGCUUCGUCUUCCCCUCUGGAUUCGUAUUGAUUCCGAUGUUAGGUCUGGAGCUUUUAACCAGCAAUAUGAUGGUUCUGCCAAUGGGCAUCGCGAGCGGGCAAAUUCCCUGGUGGAGUCUUCCGAUAAACUGGCUCAUUGUCACGUUCGGUAAUCUAGCGGGCAGCCUCUUUUCUGCUGCUGUAUUGGUUCAUUAUAGCGACAUUCUCUCCUCGGAACCGUUCUUCAGCGGCGUCCAAGCAUUUGCGAGCAAAAAGGCGGUUGUCCCACAAUGGCAUCAAAUUUUUCUCCGAGGAAUUGGAUGCAACAUCCUGGUCUGCAUCGCAAUAUGGGUGCGUCUUGGAACGAGAAUUAAGAAUGGCUCCAGCGCUAAUGGCCUUGAACCCAUAGUUAUCUUUGUUGCAUGUUCAUUUGAUCAUGUUAUCGCAAACAUGUUCUACAUUCCGCUUGGCAUAAUGUUCGACACUCCAUCCUUGUCAACAGCGAAUUAUAUCCGGAAAUCCUUGAUUGCUACCUACCUUGGAAAUAUCGUUGGUGCAUUCAUCGUUUGGGGUCCUGCGGUCUAUUUCUACAUUUGGAAUGCAGACUACAACAAUAAGAAACUUGAAGGUACCGAAGCAGGAACUCUUAAAGAUAUUGAAGCAGGAUAUGUCAAAGACGAGUGA